AGAGCACGUUUAGUAAGCUGUCAGCCAUCUGCCGCAGUCAGUUAGCUCCAGCGGGAAUGGAAAAUGGAGGAUUGACCGAGGAACGAGGGCAAAUCAUCGGCAUUUCUAGCGUUGAGAUCCUUCUAACAUGUACGAGCACCAAUGAUCACACUGCUGGAGAGACUUGGUUGUGUUUUAAGAAGCACUCUGUUACACAUUGCUGCUGAACUGCAGACAUUCAGUUUGAAAGUAGUGAUUGACUCCAUCAUCUAUGGAUGAGACAGUGAGCCCUGAGCUCUCUCUAGCCCCUGAGCCAGAGCAGAGCCAGGAACGUAUGGAUAGCAGCUUUCAAGGUUUCGUAGAGGAGAAAAGCCACGUGAAAGAACCUGAAAAUGAGAAUGUGGCUUAUGAAGCAAUAGCUGAGCAAGAUCGAUCUCCAAAGGGCACCUGUGAAUUAAGAAAGACUUGGGGUUUCCGACAGUCCACUGUUGCAAAGAGAGAGAUGCCAGUGGAGGCGGCCAUCGACAGCCCUGAGAACCGCUGUGCUGUGCGUCGCAGUGGCAGGCAGUCUAAGCGCACUGACAAACUCGAGGAAUUCCUCUCGACCGCCAAGAGAGGGUCAAGAAGGAGUGCCCCACCCAGUGUGGAAAGUGGAGAUCCUCCUUCCCAAACCCCGACCGAUGCAGAGACCGCCUCAGAGGCCAGUUUUGAUGGUAACGCUGACACCAAGGUGACAGAGGACAAGGUAGAGUCUCCAGAGAGGAGGACAAGAAGUGGCGCAAGGAAACAGACCCAACAGAAGACUCGUGGUGGCAGGAAGACCCGAGGAGGCAGCGGAGAAGCAGUCAAAGAUGAAGGAAGUUCUGAGAAUGAGGAGGACAACAAAGAGCAGUUAAUGGAUGAAAACGCUUGUCAGAAUUGUGAAGAUGUAGGGGACAAUAACACAGCACAACCUCAGCCAGAGCAGGACUCUGAGAAGACAGCCUUCAGCGAGGAGGAGAAGAAAGAAGAUGGAGAAAGAAAUGAAGAGGAAACGGAGAAGGACAGUGAUAAAGAGACUGAUGAGGACGAUGCAGAAAAUCCUGCAGGAGGGAUGGCAAAACGUGGACCUAUAAGAACUUACAUCAAUAAAAAGAGGGUAGUGAAUAAAAACAAUGCUCCUGUUAAAGCUCCUUCGCCUGCCAUUAAGAACGCCCUUCCUGUCAAGAGGGAGGUGAAGCCAAAAAUUACCCCAACGGUUGGAAAGAUACAGAAGCAGCAGACCCAAGAGGAGAAUGAUGAGAUGGAUGAGAAUGAUGAUGAUGACGAUGACGACUCUUCAACAUCCUCUUCUUCAUCAUCCAUUGAUUCUGACGAAGGAGGAUACGACCCCAAUGCAUUGUACUGCAUCUGCCGUCAGAAACACAACAAGAGGUUCAUGAUCUGCUGUGACCGCUGUGAGGAAUGGUUCCACGGAGAUUGCGUUGGCAUCACCGAGGCCCGGGGACGCCUGAUGGAGAGAAAUGGGGAAGACUACAUCUGCCCCAAUUGCACCGUGAAGAAAAACCAGGUGGUCCGACCUGCCACAUCUAAUCUGUAUCCAGAGAUUGGGAAGCCCAGAGCUGAUGCCACCCACCCUGUUUCAGCUUUGACUUUUUCUGCAACCAAUGACAAAACUACCACCAGUGGAAUAGAUACCAGUCUGACAGCUGCUCAGGCUGCGGCCAUGCCUCCUUCCUCCACAUCUGCUGGAAGUGAAGACAGGGCAUCGGAGGACCAGGGCAUCAAAGGAAGGAUAGAGAAGGCUACUAAUCCAACUGGGAAGAAGAAGAUAAAGAUAUUUCAGCCGGCUGUUCUGCAGCAAGCUGAACGAAAGGCAGACCAGAAAUCAGUACCCACCGUGGAAAAAAAGGCAGCACCCACAAGGGAGCCGAAAGCACAUCCUGACACGGAGCAGAAAGUGGCGUUGAAUGUGGAGGUGAAAACAACAUCGACAGCGGAGGAGCCAGGCGAGAAGGCUGGGCCGAAGGCCACGGAGGACUCUUCUCUUCCUAAAUGUAUCGGGCCUGGUUGUGACAACAACGCCCAGCCAGACUCUGUGUACUGUGGCAACGACUGCAUCCUGAGACACGCUGCUGCGGCCAUGAAGUCCAUCACUGACGUCAAGGAGCCCAAGCAGAAGGAAAAAGCCAAAUCCACACCAAAGAAGAGCGGUGCUGGUGGUAAGAAGACACAGAAGAAGAGCCAGGAGGAGUCCGACAGUGAGGAAGAUCACAGCACUGAUCCAGAUGAGGACGAUGAAGAUGAGCAUGCUGAGGAACAACCACCACCGCCGGCCACUGCGUCCUGGUCCAGCGACCAUAAUUACAUUGCAGUAACACCAGAAAAGACUACACCCAUAUCACCAACAGUGUUAAACAAAAAGUCUCCUCCCAAAGAAGAGAAGCAGAGUGAGAAGGAUCAGAAGGAAAAGGAACCAACCCCGGCUCCUGAGAAACUUCAGCCAGAGUCAACACGAACGCCGGUCAAACGAAACAAGAAGACCCCGACCAGUAAAGCAGCCAAGGUUUUACCGAAGGGCAAAAAGGCGUCCCCUCAGGCUACCAGCUCUAAGGCAUCCAAGAAACCUGUAACGCCACCAAGUAAAACCACAACGAGAUCCAAGAAACCAGGCACGUCGCCUGGCCCUUCUCCCUUUCCUCCGGGUCCGAUCCAUGUCACUGGAGCGCUGAGAGUCACCAAGUCCAACUUCACCAUUCCUAAGAAGCAGCCACAGCAAAAGGAGGCUCCAUCACAUACUCACUCAUCAUCAUCCUCAAGAGUCCCAUCUUCUCCAGCUUCUUCAGGUUCCUCCCAUCACUCCUCCUCUUCCAGACCUCCACAUCCAGCUGCUUCAGCGCCCCCUGUGUCCCCCAUGCCCCCUCCACCCAACAACCAGAUGAGGCAAAACAUCCGACGUUCACUGACAGACAUCCUCUUUAAGAGGGUGAGCGACAGUGACGAUUUGAAGAUGACUGAAAGCGAGGUGGGAAGGCUUUCAGUUUCCAUUGAAAAGGAAAUGUUCAACCUCUGCCUUAGCACUGACAGCAAGUACAAAAACAAAUACAGGUCCCUGAUGUUCAACCUGAAAGAUCCUAAAAACAAAGGCUUGUUCUACAGGGUGGUGGGUGGUGAGGUUAGUCCCUUCAGACUGGUGAGACUAAGUGCUGAAGAGUUGCUUUCCAAAGAGAUAUCUGAGUGGAGGAAGCCCGAUGCUCCACAGGCCCAUUCCCCCAGUUCCAGGACCCACUCGUUGCCCUUAAAACAGGGGAACAGGCAUGACUCGAGCUCACAUAGCAUGGACAUGGAGGAUGCUCCUCCAACAUCUGACGCAGAUGUAUGUAUCUCUACCGCCACUUCAUCUACUCGCAUGGCUUCUGCUGCAGACCAAGAUGAGUCUGGCUCCACUCCUGCUGGGACUCAGCCCUCUGCUGUGGAGGGGAGCAUGCCUGACAUUUUCAGUAACAUGCUUAAAGACACUACUUCUGAACACAGGACUCAUCUAUUUGACCUUAACUGUAAAAUAUGUACAGGUCAAAAGACAGAAGAUGAGCCUGCUUCUAAAAAGGCCAAACUGAUUAAGAAACCUGAAACUAAGUCACCUAGACACGAGCUGCAUUCCUCCAAGUCAGGAGACGUCUCUCCUGCCAGCCAAUCACAGGUCCCCGCAGCUUACCAGCACCAAGAGCCCUUAUCCUACCAACACCCAAUCCCUCCGUCCUACCAGUCCAACAUGGAGCCAUCUGUCCCAGAAUCCCAGUCACAACUCUAUCAGGAGCACCUCCCAGUCCAGACUCCUGCGCCCAUCGCCCCAACUGUGUCGUCCGUCAGCAUCACCCGGAGAGAUCCACGCAUGGCCCGGCACAGCUCUGCUGUAACCGUGACCUACACUGCUCCUGUAGAAAAACCAAUUAACAACACUGUAGAACCACUCCCAGCUCCCGUCAGUGCUGCAGUUGAGGUUGGACCCAAAGUAUCACUGCCAAUGCCCCCAGCUCCACCAACUUCAGUAGCUGUGCCCAAACCUGCAAAAACAAGUACAUCAGAGCCUCCUCCUGAGGGCGAGACUGCAAUCUUCCUCCAUGGUCAAGAGAAGAUUUGGAAAGGAUUUAUCAACAUGCAGGCUGUAGCUAAGUUUGUGACCAAGGCCUAUCUGGUGUCAGGAUCCUUUGAACACCUAAAGGAGGAUUUGCCAGACACCAUUCACGUUGGUGGGCGCAUAUCUCCAAAUACAGUGUGGGACUAUGUUGGGAAACUGAAAACCUCCCUUUCCAAGGAACUGUGUCUGAUCCGUUUCCACCCUGCCACAGAGGAAGAGGAGGUGGCAUAUGUCUCUCUCUUCUCUUACUUUAGCAGCAGGAAACGAUUUGGCGUGGUGGCUAACAACAACCGGCGCAUCAAAGACCUCUAUCUCAUCCCACUUGGCUCAAAGGACCCAUUACCCUCCAAACUGUUACCGUUUGAUGGGCCAGGGCUUGAACCAGCUCGUCCAAACCUCCUCUUGGGGUUGCUGAUCUGCCAGAAGGACAGAAAGCGUGCUGGUGCUCCUUUGGAAACUGAGGAAAAACGGUCCAAGACUCAAACCAAAGACGUCGAGGACACUGGGCUUCUGAAGUCAACUCCUGCAGUCAGAGCAGACAGAAGUGCACGGCAGAGCCUUGAAAUCCCCUUCAGCACAACUCCUCCAGGGUCACCUCCAACCAGCUCCUCUGAGAUCUCAAACAGCACUGUGACUGCUUCCUCCGUCCUUUCCAUCUUGUCCUCUGUCAAAGCUCCAGCCACAUCCUCUACCACUGGCAAGGACUCUCCAUCUUCAUCCAGCUCUUCCUCUGCAACAGCUUCCACUCCUCUUCAGACAAUCCUAAACACUCUUUUUUCAAAGAAAAAGCACGACUCGGCUUCCAACUCUCCCUCUGAUCAUGGAGGGGAACUCUCUGUCCCACACACUACAAUGCUGGACCCGAUUGUGCGGCAGUAUGCUCAAAGUUCUAAAGAGGAGCAGGUGGAAGAGGACGAAGACGACCGACCAUAUGAUCCAGAAGAAGAGUAUAACCCCAGUAGGGGCUAUAGUAUGCCUAAGAAGCCUGUGGUGGUGGAUAGCAAACCUGAUAUCUCUAAGCAUUGUGAGGUGGAUGAGAGUGCAGGUGAUGAUGUGGCAUAUGACCCAGAGGAUGACUCCAUAUUUGAAGAUGUCAAAACUGUGGUUCCAGGUCAGGCUAAGGCUGCAACAGAACCUAUUACUGAUCCACAAAAGAUCUUGGAGAGCCUUAAAAAGAUUGGUGAUCAGACAUUCCAGAAACUUGGAACACAGCAGACGGUUUCAACAGGGACACCGGAUACCUCAUUGACUCUUCCAGACACGCUCUUAGCUCAACCCACCAAAUCCCUUUUGGCCAACACUCAGCUACUGCAGCUUGGCAAAAAGGUUGAGGAGCUAGUAAAGUUAACAUCGGUUGCACCCUUGAUCAACCAAAAGAGAGACCCUAGACAGAGUAGGGAUCCUCGACAUGCUGUGGCCGACAGGACACUGAGUGAAGAAUCUGAAGAGAAAGAGGAGACGUCUGCUCUUUUGGUGGAUUCUACGCCUUCCAUCCAAACUGCGACUGUUCAAGAGCCUGUGCUGUCUAACGUAGCUGAGCUCCCAGACUCCUCACAAGACCCAGAGGCAGCAGCCCCUCCAGAAGAGGAAGAGAAAAGCGAGAUGCUUCCAUUUAUGGAGUCGCACAAGACAGAGGUGUCAAUUCCUUUAUUAGGGGAGGAGGUAGAACCCGAUAUGGAGGUCAACUACAUGGAUGACAGAGAAGUUAAAAGUGAAGAAGAAGCUGAGCCAGUGAAGAUGGAUAAAGAAGCGGACAUGUACAGUAUUUGGCCAAAUGCUGCCAGUAUUUUAAAAGCUGGAGAGGACUCAGAGUAUGAGAAUAGCCAAGAUACACCACCAUCAAGUUAUUAUAAUGAGCCCACACACCCCUCCACAGUAACCUCCACAAUCCCAGUACUCACCCAGAGCACAGCAAUGGUUGACACUCAGUCCCAUCACAUGCCACGUCACAUUUCAGCAUCAGGCUUCGACAAUGAGUACAGACCUCAAGCCGACAUCCCACCCCCGUCCAACUACCCCCCUCACCACCUGAUGCAGGGACAAAACCUGAUAUUGAGGCCUCCGCCUAUGUCAAUGCCACCACCAAUGCAGGGUAUUCCUCCAAUGUCAGGCCCCCCUCCACCCGUCCAUGUUCCUCCACAUGUGCAUGGUCCUCCACCAAUUCAAGGUGGCGGCAGCCAGCAGUAUGGCCCCCCUCCAGCUGCAUACCCUCCCUAUCAGAACCAGUGGCCAGGCAAUCAACAACCACCACCACAGCAUCAGCAGCCCCAACCUGGAUCAGUGCCCCAGAAUAUCAUGCCACCUAGAGGACUACCACCACCAUUCCCUCCAAUGGCCCAGAGAGCUCCUGCUCCUCAAAUGUUUGAUCCCUCGAUCCCCCCUCAACAUAUCGUACAGCAGGGCCCCCAACAUGGCCACCCCCAACUCCCUGCUUAUGACGCACAGACCAGUUUACCUCCUCCAAGAUUCACUAGUCCUCCACCACCAUUUAAUUUUCCUGCAGCCAGAGGUCCUCCUCCAACUUUCACUAGGCCACCUCCUGGUCACUUUGAUAACAGACUCCCUCCUCCGUCCCACUUCCCAGGGCCAAGGGGCCCGCCACAAACACAGUAUGGUGACCACGGGGCUAAACCCCCAAUGGGAGACCCACCUCGAGGCCCUGCAGAACAGUAUCCUAAAGACAGUUCUAACUCAUUCAAGCUAAAUGUGGACCAGAAUCCAAACCCUCUUCAUAUGUUUAAAGACAGUCAGGGUCCCCCCCCAGGUCCAGCAUACCGGGGACCUCCACCUAACCAGUAUGAGGACAGAAGAGGCCCACCAUCUAGUGGUGAGAUAGGUGGACAGCACUUUAGCCCACAUAACCAGUACGGGAGCUCUAGACAACACUCCCCUCCGCAUCGAGGAUCUUUUGAAGAGCCAAGAGGGCCGCCCCCUCAUGAGAAUAGACCCCACCCUUCACAACGCUUUGGUGGAUCAGAGCGCUACCGCUUUGAUAGACACUCUGAUGAGCUAAGACCUGUCCGCCACAGUGGUCCACUACUUCCAACUCCUCCAGAGGCUCCCUUAGCUCCUCCAAGUCGAAUGGGAGCCCACAGUCCAGACCUACACAGGGAAGACCUGCACAGGGAAGACCACUGGCGCCGCCACUCUCCUGAAAUGAGGAGGAGGAGCAGCACCAACCGAGAUGACUCAGAACCCCGCAGCGGAGAUCGUUUCAGUCGCUUCGAAGGAGGGCACAGAGAACCUCCCCCUGUUCCUUCACAACCCCCCGAGGAGAGACCGAGGGAGCUGUCAGAGGACCGACGAAGGGACAGAGAGCGAGAAGUCCCCCACCCUGGCAGGCCUUCAUGGGACAGAAGCCAGAGCAAGCGGUGGAGCAGAGAGCGAGAGUGGGACAGAGGCAAAGACAGGGAGCGCGAUCGGGAGCGUAGCCGAGAAAGAGAGCGCAGCAGAGGGAGGGAGGGCGAGAGACACAGGGAAACAGAAGGAGAGCGACACAGGGAUCAAGACACAGAUAAGAGGAGAGACCGGGAGAGAGACAGAGAAAGAGACAGACCUAGGGAUUCUGACAGGAGGGACCAUGACCGUGAUAGAGCAAAAAACCGCGAGCGUGAGCGUGAACGUGAGCGAGAGCGAGAGCGUGAACGUGAACGUGAGCGUGAGCGUGACAGAGAGCGAGACAGGAGACGGGACAGAUCCAGAAGCAGGGAUCGUGACAGGGACAGAGACCGCGGGAAAGAUCGGGGCAGAGACAGAGACCGGGAGAGAGAGAGAGAAAGGGACAAGGACAAAGACAAGGACAAAGACAAAGACAAAGACAAGGACAAAGACAGGGAUCGUCGCGACAGGAGCAGAAGCCGAGAAAAGAGGGAGGAGAAAAAGGAAAGCAAACAUGACACAUCCAAAGAGAGUGUUAAAGCUACAGAAAAUGAGAAGAACAAGUCCUAGUCUCUGUUUUGUGGACACACCAGUCUGGUUUGAGAGACACUGUACACUCCUCAAUGUACAUUAAGAUGGACAGUGUUUUGUUUAAAGUUCUACAGUUGUGUUACUAAAAAAGUUUGACAUGUAUAUUGUUUUGUCCUAAAAUUUCAUGACAUUCAGAAAACAAAAACCGGAGACCGAGGUUUAUUGAGGCUCCUGAGUCCUUUAACAUGUACCAUUCUUCUGCCUACAGUUUUUUUUUUUUUUAGAAAACAAUAAUGUAACAGAUUAACACCUUUUUGAAUAUGUAAAUAUGAAUGUACUUGUGUAUAUACUGAUGUUUUUAAUCAUACUUUUCUAAGUAGAGAAAUCAUAAGCCAUAUAUCUGACAUGGAUAAUGUGAACGUUAAAGAAACACUGUUUAAAUGUCCGGCAGGUUUGAACUUGAAGGCUCCAGCUAUCAACAGUAUACACCCCAUAUAUGGUUGUUAUGAAAUGUCUUGAUUUUGUUUCAACUAAUUAAACUAGUUUGAUGAUG